ACUCGAGCCGACUAUUCACACCUACGAAAGUAGAAACAAAGAGGUAGAUCAUAAUUUAAUGCACGAACUCUGACUUCCUAACACAGUUUGAAGUUUGAACUUUUGAACAACAAUAGCAUAAAGGAAAAAAUAGCAGUAAGAUCCAAGAGAAACAGAGAAAGCAUUAAAAGAGAGAAAAAAGGUGGUGCAGCUUUGGAUUCUUGUUUAGCAAGGGAAAAUCAAGGGACCUUUUCUUGUAGGAAUUGGAGAGAUGCACGGUGGUGGUGAUGUCUUGUGGGCUCGGUCAAUGCUUUUUGUCAAUCAAAAGAACAUUCUCAAGUGGAUUGAUCCGGUAUGAGAACUAAGUAUUGGAUGAAUAAGCUAAGAUUCAGCAUUCGAGUAAGGUUGCGGAAGAUGAUGAAGUGUAUUUGUUCUGGGGAGCAAUUAAAGGUCGAUGAAAUGGUUCAUUCGUCAGACUCACUGGCGACCCGGGACUAUUCAGCUAGUGGCUAUUCAUCCCGAGCUGGUGAGAUAGAAACGAGGGUGGACAAUAGUAACAUUGAAGAAGCAGAGUCGUCUCUUCGUGAGAGUGGUUAUCUGAACUAUGAGGAAGCGAGAGCUUUAUUAGGAAGGCUCGAGUAUCAAAAAGGUAACACAGAAGCUGCUCUUCAUGUAUUUGAAGGAAUAGACAUUUCUGCUGUGACCCCCAAGAUGAAAGUUUCCAUUUCUAGAAGAUGCGAACACAAUAGACGCCGUUCACAGAGCGAUGCUGCCCCACCAAUGUCUAUGCAUGCUGUUAGUUUACUUCUUGAAGCUGUUUUUCUCAAAGCAAAAUCGUUGCAGAGUCUUGGGAGGUUUGGAGAAGCUGCUCAAUCUUGCAAAGUUAUUUUGGACACUGUUGAAUCUGCAUUACCAGAAGGCUUGCCCGAAAACUUUGCAUCAGAUUGUAAGUUACAAGACACGCUAACAAAGGCUGUUGAAUUGCUUCCAGAGUUAUGGAAGCUUGCUGGGGCUCUCCAAGAAGCUAUUUUAUCGUACCGGCGGGCCCUCCUUUAUCACUGGAAUCUUGACAUGGAAACCUCUGCAAAGAUACAAAAGGAAUUUGCCAUCUUUCUUCUUUAUAGUGGUUGUGAUGCAAACCCUCCCAAUCUUCGUUCUCAGAUGGAAAGCUCCUUUGUGCCAAGAAAUAACUUAGAAGAGGCUAUUCUUCUGUUACUGAUUCUGCUAAGAAAAUUCGUUCUUAAAAGGAUUGGAUGGGACCCAUCAAUCAUUGAUCACCUUUCUUUUGCCCUCUCUGUUUCGGGGGGAUUUAGGGCCCUAGCCCAUCAGGCUGAAGAAUUGUUUCCUAGAAUUAUGGAUAGAAAAGAACAAUAUCGCACUCUAGCUCUCUGCUACUAUGCGGAAGGUGAGGAUAUGGUUGCUUUGAAUCUUCUGAGGAAUCUUUUGCAUAAUCGAGAGAACCAUGAUUGCAUAUUGGAACUAUUACUGUCUUCAAAAGUUUGUGGAGAGAAUUUGGUUUGCAUUGAGGAAGGGAUCGAUUAUGCUUACAAAGCACUUUCAGAAUUGCAUGGAAAAUGCAGCCAGGUGGCAAGUGUUGCAAACUGCUUACUGGGUGUUUUACUGUCUGCUAAAUCCAGAGUGGUUGCUUUGGAUUCUGAGAGAAUUUCCAAGCAGUCUGAUGCACUCGAGGCACUAGAAACUGCUGAGAGAACGAUGAGAGAAAGAGAUCCAUACAUUGUUUAUCAUCUUUGCCUAGAACAUGCUGAGCAACGGAAGUUGGAUGUUGCACUUUAUCAUGCAAAGCAGCUGUUGGAACUUGAGGCUGGGUCUAGUGUUGAAGGGUAUGUCCUUUUGGCACGAAUAUUGUCAGCUCAAAAACGUUUCAUUGAUGCAGAGACUGUUAUUAAUGCUGCUUUGGAUCAGACUGGGAGGUGGGACCAAGGAGAACUGUUGCGAACUAGAGCUAAACUUCAGAUUGCGCAGGGUCGGUUAAAGAAUGCUAUAGAGACAUAUACUCAUCUUCUUGCUCUUCUUCAAGUUCGCACUAAAAGCUUAGGUGUUGGGAAGAAUCUCCUAAAGAAUAGGAGAAACCGUCACCGAAGUUUGGAAAUGGAAAUAUGGCAUGAUUUAGCUAAUGUAUACACAAGAUUAUCGCAGUGGCGGGAUGCUGAGGUUUGCCUUUCAAAAUCUCGGGCUAUCAAUCCUUAUUCUGCUUCUAGAUGGCAUUCUACAGGUUUACUCUAUGAAGCCAAAGGUCUCCACCAAGAAGCGCUGAAAUCAUUUCGAAAGGCCUUAGAUGUUGAACCUACCCAUGCCCCAAGCUUGAUAUCUGCUGCCUGUGUCCUCCGAGAGCUUGGUGGCCAAUCAUUGCCAGUUGUGAGAAGCCUUCUCACUGAUGCACUUCGACUUGACAGAACAAACCCUUUGGCUUGGUACAAUCUUGGGCUGCUCUACAAAGCUGACGUCGGGGCAACAGAACUAGAAGCUGCUGAAUGCUUUGAGGCUGCAGCUCUUCUUGAAGAAUCUGCACCUGUUGAACCUUUCAGAUGAUCAGCUUUGCACGCACACUUUGUUUAAGGUUGUAGAUUAAAAUAGCUCUGUCUAUGUGCACUCUUCUUGGACGAAAAUGCAAUUUGAUUAUAAGCACCCCAAGUUGGAUGGAGAGGGAUUGAGAGGAGAAGAAUAUGGUAGAUUAAAAUAGCCUUGUCUAUGUGCACUCUUCUUUAGAAAUUAGAAGUAAAACCUUUCCUCCGAUUAAACUCA